UUCAAAGCCACGGGAUUGGUAACUUCUUGGACCAAACAUGGGCGGCUUCGCAUCACUGCAUUACUGCUUCAAGGCACAGCAUAGGAUCGUACCAUUUGCGCAAGUAGCCCAACGCCAAAUUGUUAGUCUGCGGCUCAAAUCGACCGCUUUGCCAAACAGCACCGCUGCAAGACGCUCGAUUGCAUAUCGUUGCCAAUAGCCUGGACGCGCACUCUCAGACCGCCCCCUUGGCGCUCGACAAUCGGAAGCGCACAUUGCGUGGCCUGCGUGCUGUUAUCCUCCACAAGGGCCAGUGCCUUUCCCUGCACCAAAUCAGGAUGGAUACCGGCACCAACAUCGACAGUCGGGAUCCUACGAUGUCUCUCCCGCUGCAAGUCAAUCAGCGCGAAAAGCUUCUAGCGACCAGACCCUCCCUUCUAGUCCCGAUUACUCGACCUCCGCCCGUUCUUGGCAUCCCGACUUCAUACCUCAUCACGUUUGCUAUCCCUUCAGAUGGCAACAAGCCUCACAGAGGUACCACGUCUGCAAUGGACUUGCUGGCAAAUUCGAAAUUAUAUGCCAUGCCAUUUGAUUUUUCUUACAUUCCCACUUGUCGCGAUACUACUCUGCAAACUUCCUCCGGCGUCCGGACUUAGGCACCCUGAAGCGAAGGUACAUGGAGAGUACCAGCGCUAGGUUCCCCUCACAAACGUGGGUGCCCAAGCAGACGUCAUUGAAACAUUGGCUACUCCCUGGGUCAGAUCCACUGGGACAGGGGCCAUCUCCCACACCUACGGUUGGCAAUUUUACUGCUCUACCCUUGCCAAUAGAGAACACAUUUUCCGGCGAAACUGAUCUGGUCUCGUCCGGAAUGUUGCAUGCUUCACCAAUCCGAAAAAUCAAUUCUUGAACAAUUACCCUGACUACUUCCAU